AUGAAGAUUCUGGUGAUUCUCCUCUUCCUUCUAUUUUAUGGGAAAGUUAUAGCCUCGAUUACAGGGUCAAAGAAUUCUCCGGCGAAGACUACCGGAGUUACUCUGGACAUAAAUGACCCGGACCUUUCCACUUUUGAAACGUUUAAUCUAAAGCCACACAAUAUAGAGACACCCUUAUAUACAGCAAAGCCUGGGUAUUUUAUAGAAAAGGUGGUAGAAGGAAACACUACCAUCUGUGAGUGUUUUCCAAAGGGAGCACUUGUCAAAGUCACACACUGUAUUAGAAAAGACCUAUUUGAUAUUAUCCAUGUAUAUACUAUCGAUUUAAAUGGUACAAAGAAUGUCUACUAUUUUUAUAAGGAUGGUAAGUGGUCUUCUCUCAAAGAAGAGGAAUUCUAUGACCACUUUAAUGCUCUGUCAAUCAUUAACCAUGAUUUUGAUGACAAGGUAUUUAGCCUUAGUGGAACCAAGAGUGACUGGAACUUUUAUAUAAAUGAAUCGCCAAAGUCCCCCUUUGCAGUUUACGGAACCAGAAGUACGACUAGGGUAUCAGAAAUUAAGACCAAAAGCCGUAGUGGUACCACAAUAUGGAAGAGAGAGAAGGAUGAAUGGUGUACCAAACUCACUCUUUAUCCCAGAGCUGGAGACCAUAAACUCCUUUGGAUAGUCACCAAGGAUCCUUAUGAGAAUGAGAACAUCCUCUACUACUCCAAGAUGAGUGGAUCAUGGAAAUCUGUUGACAAGAAUGGGUAUCUGGAAGACUUAGCCAAGGCUGGAUUUGACAGGUCAACCUUCAAUGAUAGGGUUACCCUGGACAUAUCCAACGUUGACGACCAACUCUUCUUCAUUGACAAAUACCAAGUUGACAUUAUAGUAGAAAACAGACACCAUGUUCUUCCGGGAUUUAGAAUGAACAAGGUAGUUCAGGGUAAGGAUAUCAUCUGGGAGUCUUCAGAUGACAGGUUCUCUAUCCACUUUAGAUUUAAUGAAAGAGGACCAAAAAUUUCGCUGGGUGUCCUAUUUACCACGAAUACCAAAAAGGAGAAUAAAAUCAUUUACCUCAGAAAAAUGAGUGGAAAGUGGGUGACUAUCACAAAGGAUGAAUACGAGGACAUUUUGGCCGGUAGGAAUAAUCCAAUUUACACUCACAAGGGUGACGGAAAAAUCAUAAUGAGCAGUUUUAAGAAUAAGCAAGGUAUAAAGAUUGCAACAUAUGCCUCCAGAGUUGAAGAUGCCAAAGCAGUCUUCCUUCUCUCAUUAGACGUUGUGUUCGUGGAGGAUUUACAAGUGAUUUUUCUCACAUUUAACAUGGACUGGAACUAUGAGCGUUAUGGCUUCGAGAUAUUCCCCUAUUGCAGUAUUUUUGAUGAACCAGUAACUGUCAAGAAGGUAUCAAAUGCAGAACGCUAUAGAUCUUACUUUGAGUACAAGACCCUAGAAGGAAUGAACCCGCUAGAUAUUCUUCACAGGUCUCAGUAUAAGGGCACAUUCAUAGAGGCUCUUAAUAGGCUUGGAUAUAACGUCUACUGUUAUGACCAUCAGUCACAUGGCUUUUCCGAAUCCAAGACUGAACGAAGAUGUCAUACCGAGCAAUUCAUGGAUUAUAUUUAUGAUCUCUUGCAAUUCAUUAGCAUUGUAAAGAGAGAUAAAUUUGGAGAUACUUCUCAGACCUGGGAUGAUAAGUUAGUCUUCAAUAGCCAUGAGGCAGGCAGAAAGAUCCUUCUCCUUGGCCAUUCCAUGGGAGGAAAUAUGGUGAUAAGAGCUAUAGAAAAAUUUUACAAGGAGAUUAAGAAUCCUAAUGCAAAUUUUGUGGAUGCUUUCAUUGGUCUUUCUACCAUGCUUGAUGUUAGCCCAUACCUUGAUGUGUGGUACAAAAAAGCAGCAAGACCAUUUGAAGAGGCUAUCGCAUGGAUGGAUCCAAAAUCAAAGAGUCCAUACCAAUAUCCAUAUAACAUUGCUCUCCACUUUGAAAGAUUUGCCGAUUAUCAUACUGACCCACUUUAUUAUAGUGAUAGAUACACUAGAAAUAUGACAAUGUCUCCUUUUAGUGCAUGCAGAAGGGCUAUGAAGAAAAAAAGAACCAAGUUUUAUCCCAAAGAUUUGCCAACACUAUUUAUCCAUACUAUUGAUGAUAACCACUGUGACGUAAAGGGUCCAAGGAAGAUGGUUAAUAAGAGACUCAAGGAAAGUAAGGUUGCAAAACUCGUAGAAUGGAAGGGAUGUGGACAUCAUAUGGUUGCCAUUCAGAUUGUCCCUAUUUUGGCACCAUUGUUGGAAAAGUGGCUACAUGAACACUUUCCAGAGAUGAAUGGAGAGAGACCAUUACAGGUUCCCUCUAGUGUUACAGAGGGAGAAUCUACAGUACCCGUUCAGAAGAAACUCCGUAAUGUUGUACCUAAAGAAGUUGUUCAACAACUAGAAGGUUCUGUUUCUCCAUCUGUAGCUUCUAUGGAAGGAACUACUCUUGAUAUUUCUUCUCCGGACUCUUCCUUAUUCUCUCUAGCUGGUGAUCGGAUUCAUGGAGUGAAUCAUAGAGCUUUUGUUCCCAAGGAUGGAUCUUCUGUAGUGACUAUAGUGGACGACGGAGAUGAUACCUUUUGUUUUGAAAAGGAUGGUAGUCAAUGGAAGAAUGUGAGCAAGGGACAUUUCGAACAUAGGCUCCACUCAAUGAAGGACUCUUCUGCACCUGCUGGUGAGGAGCAUAGGGAGGAAGAAUUUGUAGUUGAGAAGAUAGAAGACUCUCCGGAAGGAGAAUCUUAUAGCUGA